UGGAAAUAAUUCCGUUACAAACUUUUCACAGAGACGGACGCGUAGCGGACAAAAAUAAAACAGAAACCGAAAACAGAAACAGAGAAAUACAAAACGGAAAGCGAAACGCGUGCAAUAAUAUAAAAUAAAAUAAAAAUACCGAAAUCGCGAGUGAGACUAAAAAAAAAUCCACAUACAAAAUAAAUACUACUACAAGCACAUUCAUACUGCAACCGCCGUCUACGUUAUCUAUUCCUUAUACGUUUUUGUUUUUUUUUGCUGUGGACUAACUGCCAAAAACAAUAUCAAAAGAAAAAGAAAGAAAGAAAGAAACGAAAAGAAAAGAAAAGAACCGCUAAAAACUCAACACAUUUGAAACUAUUGAAGAACCACUCAAGACUAGACACAUAGACAUGGACCAGGAGCUGAACGGCGCCAUGAGCAGUGUCUCUAUAAAUAGCAAUGGACUAGCCACAAAACCACAUCUGAAUGGCCACAACAACACCAACACUAGCACUAGCACCAACAACAACAGCAGCAGCAACAACAGUAAAGACGAAACGGACAAUGUGCGACGUAAAGCUACAACGACAACAGCGCCGACGACGACAAAUGCAUCUCCUGCAUCAACUACAGUCAUCCAAACAUCAUCAGCCAGUGCAGCGGAGAAAAAGAAAAUGGUCUACGAGUUAUGUCAGCAGCUGUUAUUAACGGAUGAGCAGAUCCAAGAGCUCUGUUAUCGCAUAUUGCAUGAAGUGAGACGCGGCCUGGCCAAGGAUACGCAUCCCAAGGCGAAUGUGAAAUGCUUUGUCACGUAUGUACAGGAUUUACCCAAUGGCAAUGAGAGGGGUAAAUUUUUGGCCUUGGAUUUGGGUGGCACCAAUUUCCGGGUGCUCCUUAUCCAUUUGCAAGAGAACAAUGAUUUUCAAAUGGAAUCACGCAUCUAUGCCAUACCGCAACAUAUAAUGAUUGGAUCGGGUAUACAGCUAUUCGAUCAUAUUGCCGAAUGUCUAUCGAAUUUCAUGGCCGAGCAUAAUGUGUAUGCCGAACGUUUGCCAUUGGGUUUCACCUUUUCGUUUCCAUUGCGUCAGCUGGGCCUGACCAAGGGUCUACUGGAAACAUGGACCAAGGGCUUCAAUUGUGCCGGCGUUGUCAAUGAGGAUGUUGUCCAAUUGCUAAAGGAUGCCAUUGCCCGACGCGGUGAUGUCCAAAUCGAUGUGUGCGCCAUAUUGAAUGAUACCACUGGAACCCUAAUGAGUUGCGCCUGGAAGAAUCACAAUUGUAAAAUUGGUCUAAUUGUUGGUACCGGUUCGAAUGCCUGCUACGUUGAACGUGUCGAGGAUGCCGAACUGUUUGAUGUCCAAGAUAAUCAUAAGCCCCAUGUUCUCAUCAAUACGGAAUGGGGUGCUUUCGGUGAUAAUGGAGCAUUGGAUUUUGUACGGACCGAAUUUGAUCGUGAUAUCGAUAUGCAUAGCAUCAAUCCGGGCAAGCAGACAUUCGAGAAGAUGAUAUCCGGCAUGUAUAUGGGUGAAUUGGUACGUCUAGUUCUUGUUAAAAUGACAAAAGCCGGCAUUCUGUUCAAUGGCCAGGAUUCGGAAGUCCUAAACACCCGCGGACUGUUCUUCACCAAAUACGUUAGCGAAAUUGAGGCCGAUGAGCCCGGUAAUUUUACCAAUUGCCGUUUGGUAUUAGAGGAGCUGGGACUCAAUAAUGCCACCGAUGGUGAUUGUGCCAAUGUCCGUUAUAUAUGCGAAUGCGUAUCGAAACGUGCCGCACAUUUGGUAUCAGCUGGCAUCGCCACAUUGAUCAACAAAAUGGAUGAGCCCCAUACAACAGUCGGUGUAGAUGGUAGUGUAUAUCGUUUUCAUCCAAAAUUCCAUAAUCUGAUGGUUGAGAAGAUAACGCAAUUGAUUAAGCCCGGCAUUACGUUCGAUCUGAUGUUAUCAGAGGAUGGUUCCGGACGUGGGGCGGCCUUGGUGGCCGCUGUUGCCUGUCGAGAGGAUGUAGUCAAUAGCAAAUAGAAAGAAAGAAGUGAUGAAUGAAUGAAUGUUAAUGAUGAUGAUGAUGAUGAUGGAGAGAUAACAUAAUAAUGUAUGAAAAAUGGAAUGAAUGGAAUGGAAAGCAUUGUUUCCAAAAUGUUA